AACAUCAUGCCAUGAACCGAGUGUUUUAAAUGACGAGACUGAAAUCUAUGGGUUACGGUUAAGGAAUAGCAUAAUAAACAAUUUUAAACAAGUUAACCAUAACAUGGGAGACUUGGCAAAUUUGGCUGACUUAUUGCCGACUUACUAUGCGCGAUUAUUCCCUUUCCAUGACUAUUAUCGGUGGCUCAGUUACGGGAAUGGGAAUAUCUUCACGCGCAGAGAAUUUUCAUUCACUCUGCAGGAUGAUAUCUACAUUCGGUUUCAGUCGUUCAAAGGUGUAAAGGAUCUGGAAAGUGAGAUUAAGAGACUGGUUCCUUUCAAGAUAGAUAUUGGAGCAGUGUAUAACUACUGUCCAAAGGAUCAGCGAAAAGGCUCAAAUUUUCAACCUGUGGAGAGGGAACUGGUCUUUGAUAUAGAUAUGACAGAUUACGACGAAGUGAGAUCUUGUUGCAGUGGGGCAGAUAUCUGUUCUAAGUGCUGGAAGUUCAUGGUAGUUGCCUGCAAAAUUCUAGACAAUGCGUUAAGGAUGGAUUUUGGAUACAAGCAUAUUUUGUGGGUAUUUUCUGGUAGAAGAGGUAUACAUUGCUGGGUAUGCGAUCCUGGUGCACGUACUCUGACCUCUUACGAGCGUGCAGCUGUUGCAGAGUAUCUACAGAUCAUAGACGGUGGAGAGUACAUGAAGAAGAAAGUGAAUCUACCUGGAGAAAGAAUACAUCACUCCAUCAAACGUGCCCUGGAAACAAUAGAAUCUGUAUUUGUUCCAUUUUGUAUAGAAGAGCAAAAUAUAUUAGGGACCGAGGAGGGUAUGGAGAAAUUUCUGCAGAUCGUCUCGGACGAGGAGGACAGACAGGAACUGAAAGGCCUCUUUGGUCAAUGUAAAUCCAGCAAAGAAAGGUGGAACGUGUUCGUGAAAUAUAUCAAGAGCAAGAAGACGACGGGAGACAAGAAGUGGUAUCAGUCACGCCACUUGGUCGAGGAAGCAAUGAUACAGUACGCCUAUCCAAGAUUAGAUAUAAAUGUGAGCAAAGGAAUGAACCAUCUCCUCAAGUCCCCGUUCUGCGUUCAUCCGAAAACCGGGAAGGUUUGCAUACCGUUCACGGCGAGCACGGUGGAUAAGUUUCAGCCGGGGAAAGUACCGACAAUUACAACGUUGAUCGAGGAGAUAAACGAGUACGACGCGAAGGACAAGGCCGAGCAGGAGACGUACGACCUGAACGUGAAGAGAAUAAAGGACUAUAAAAAGACCAGCCUGAAUAAAUCGCUACGCAUCUUUCAGGAAUUUCUCUGGAACCUGGAGACCGAGAGAAAGGGGCAAAAAAUUAAAGAGAGCGACAAGAAAAUGGAGUUUUAAUUUAUGUCUUAAGGAUCCUAUGAUUAUUGAAGUAUACACAUAUAUUAUAGCAUCGUAACUG